CAGUCAGGUAUUGGAUUUCAACGUGCUUGAGUCCGAUACUGCGCUCCAAUCACGUAGCAGCCUGCCGUGUGACGCAUCGUGAUUUGUGCAUCAUAAUAUCACGACGAUCAAGGCGCCUUUCAAAUCUGAACGCUGAGCGCUUCUCACAGUCCUCGUUACUUACCGUCGGCAUUGGGCAAUCACAUGCACAUUCGACAGCAGAUUUCCAUUCAGUCACCCGUUGUCACUGCCACUCGCAAAUGUCCGCCCCAGACACCUUCGGCUUGCAGUUAGCCAAGUAUACUAACGUCGCUGCAUCAGCAAUUUUAAUUUAUGACUACUUUGUCACGCUACACUCUGAAGUUCAAUGGACCUGGGGACGGAAGUGGGGAAUAAUUCGCACUGCCUUCACGGUUUCACGAUAUGUACCUUUUGCCGGUGCACUUUUGACCUCGUACUCCGCUGUCAAGACAUGGGGUGCGCAAGAUUGUGCACCCUUUAACAAUGCUGUAAAUGGCAUACAUUUCUUGGGCAUUAUUGCCUCGGAAGGAUUAUUGAUCGCCAGGGUCUACGCCUUUUCUGGCAACAAGAAAGUUUAUCUUAUCAGUCUUCUCUCCUUUGGUUUGGUCAUCUUGGUGACGUCUGUGAUUCUAAGUGCUGCUCCCAUCAAUUCAAACAUUCCAGAAGUCGCGCCGCCUUCAAGUUGCGCGUUUGAGGAGGUUCGUGGCAUUGCCCUCCCAUAUGGACUUGCAAUUUUAUUCGAGACUCUUCUCAUGUCCGUCACUGCAUUUUUGAGAUAUCGACACUACUUUGAGUCUCAUAGCACGCUCAUAAAGAGUAUCUAUCGUGAUGGACUCCUCUACAUGUUCUGCAUCACAAUGAUGUCCACAUUCAAUGUGAUUGUUAUCGCUGCGCUACCUCUCUCGUACAGCGAGACGCUAAACGCCCCUCAAGUUGUUGCGCACAGUGUUCUUGCUUCUCGAAUACUAUUCAAUCUUCAAGUGAGCAGCGAGCUACCAGGCUUGCCCACCGAGCGAUUGACGUCUUCGAUGGAAUUGCUGUCCCGUCCACAUGAGUUUCAAGCAUGGUCUGAUGGUAGCGAGAUGGUUGCUGGUUCUGUCCAGCCAGAUUGGCAAGCUUAGGCCUGCUAAUAGUCUGUGUAUGCGUUCUCUGCGCCAACAAGCACGUCAAUGCGGACAUUUUCUGCAUGGAGAACAAAUGUAGAAUGCAUCCUAGUCAAUGAACUGUGCUGCAGGACAUCGUUACGAACACAAUUUGGGCCUAGCUAAGUUAGUCGCGUGCUCAUCCUCGAGUACAUCCAUUUGUCGCCUCUGUUCCGUGCAUCGUUUCUGUUCCGUUUGUCAU